AUGACAUCGCUGGCCACUCACGCUCUCAGGAAUGAGAGGUUCAGAGACAUUGUGAUGAGUCCAAGAAUGAGCCCGAGACGCAGCCGUUUGGAAUUUAGCCAGCCAGUACGCUUUCAUGCGCGACAUCCAUGUCUGGCUGAAUGCACGAGUCGGGAUACGACAGGAUCUUUGAUUUGCCUAGAUCUUGUGGAUGUCUUGCGGCUGGGAGAGCCAGGCCUGGGGGUUCUGAUGGUACGCCUGGUCGCCCGUUCACCGGGAAGCAUCGGGAGCAGACCGUUGACAGGUGAGGCGGUGCCGUUUGCUCCCGUCUGUGGGUCUGCACGGACGACGGGUGGGCAACGGUGCAGCCACAGCCGUCGUCCGGUCCCGAAAACUUGGGAUGGAUGGUGGGCUGUUCUUUUUUCUGCCCUUGUUUUGUGGGUUGGCGUGGCUCUAGUCGGAGGAUCGCUAGUUGCUUCGAGAAACGUUGUUUACAGCGCCACAAGUGCAGGCUUUGAAACGAUGUCAAUCUUGUCUCGACCCCGCGAUCGCGUUCCGCAGUGUUGCUGGAUGCACACUUAUUCCUGCAGCUUGGAGAGACGUGUCUAG